AUGUCUUCGCGAAUUUUACGAAGUAAAGUAGAUAAAAGAAAAUAUGAGAGUGAUAAUGAUGAUGAUUUGAAUAGAAAAUCUAGAAAAGAAAAGCGACAAAGAAGAAUAACCAAGUCCUUCGUAAUCAUUCAAAUUGAUAAUUUUAUAAAAGAUAUCAGUAACCAAAAACACAAAGCUUCCAAUGAAACCAAAUGUAUCUAUAAUCAUGGAAUUGAAUUGUUUGAAGAUUUGAAGAAAAUUUUCGAACUUACUAAUAAGGAUAAUUCUUCGGUUUUUGCAUUUUAUCGUAAUUUUCAAGAUAACAGAAAAGAAAGUGUUAAGGAAAUUAAAAAAUUAUGUAAAGAAAACCAGCGACUUUUGAAAGAAAUUGAUGAAUUAAAUAAAGAGAUUAUGACAUUGAAUGAUCAAUACUUAAACGAAGUGGCUGAAAAUAAAAAAAUGAGAUCACAAAUUGAAGAGCUGGCCAAAGAGACCAAAAGAUUAGAAGAAGAACUUAGAAUAUCAAGAGAAACUAGUAAAGCAUUAAGUACUGAAAGAAGUGAAAUUGCAAAAAGAAUUAAUAAUGUGUUACGUAAAAAAGAAUCUGCUGAAAAUAGAAUUAGAGAACUCGAAGAACAACAUAAAGAAGAUCUUAAUUCAAGAGAUUUUACAUUCGAACUCAAAAAUCAGAUUGUUUUAUUAAGACAGAAGGUUAUGGAUUUAGAAACUAGUUUAAGAAACAUAAGCAAAAGAAGAUUGAAUCAAUCAACGGGUUCAAAUUGGACAGAUAAUGAAACUUCUGAACAUGUUGAAAGCAAUAGCAGUUCAGAGAUCGAGAUACAAGCAAUCUAUUAG